CGGCCUCCAAUGGUGGACAUUCGAGAAGCCCUUAUCCAGGUAAAUUUUUCUAAAUUAUUAUUUGUAUUUAAACCUGGUAAGUUCAGAAAAUUUUUUAACAUUAUAAAUCGAGGGUUUUCAAACUUUUAUAUGGUUCUUUUGAGCUUAAAAUUAUCACUCUAUUGAGUCUCGCAAGGAGUCUGAAAAAUUAAACAGCCGAAAUCUGCAAACUUAACGGUCGUAGGAAGAGGUCUAGAGAAUUUUUUUGAACAUCCUUCAGUAAUUACUUAAUUGGCGGAUGAGAUGUUCGCCAGAAAGUCGAGUUUUAUUUCCUGCUCUUUUCAAAAUUUUUGAUAGAUUUUAAUGACUCCUUUCGUUCUCACAGUACAACUCGCUUGAAGUAAAAUUUCUAAUGGCGGUUUCAAUUAACUCAGCUAGACCCUGUGAGCAGGGUAACUGGGAUAACUGGAUGGUACUGGAUCCUUGGAAUCAAGUGUAGUAUUUGUCCGCUGUUUUUUAAAAUAGCAUCAUAAUGAUUGAUUUUUCUGAAAUUUUUAGCCAUCCCUUUUGCAGCAGUAAACUUAACGAAAGGUUGGUUGCACAGCAACCAUGGAUUCUCAAGAUCCGCUAAGGAUCUCAGCUGACAAUGAAACACACAAGACACAGAGGAAAAGAACCAAGAAAAUUAUUGGGCAACUUCAAGAACAGGUUGAAAAUACUUGUUUCACAGAACAAUAGCAAGCGAUUAGAGAUGAAGCCCUUUCACUCCCAAAAGGCAGCCAAAAGGAAUUUCUUUUUUCAACAGCUAUACAAUUUUAAGUAAAGUGACAAGGCAGAGAAAAAAAUUGGUGUUGAUUUCACACCGAAUUCCCAGAACUGAAUUUAAAAGAUUUGUGUGGUGAUCAAUGAGGAGAAUGAAAGGGUUAAUCAUGCUUGUAGAGCUCCUUCAUCUCAUGCACGAGUCUCACAGAUACAAAUUCAUCUUAUACUCUCACACUGAAGUUAUUAUUUCUCAUGAAUUUUAUGCAUCUUGUUUUAAAUUUUGUUUUUUAGUAUGCAAACUGUACCUAUAAAAUUAUUUAUCCUUUUAAGUAUAAUUUGAUUACUUCUUGUUCCCUUUCUACCUGCAUUGAACACUUUCCAACUGUACAAAUUUUCAUGCACUCAUACCCGUAGAUCUCCCCAUAAAGGCGAUGCCAGGGCCAUCACAACUGAAGGCUAUGCAGUCAAGUCUCACUCUUUGUCAGAAAAUUAAGUUGAGAGCUCUGUGCUUGGAAGUGACAAAUACUAUCAGAAUGCACUCUUUUGACCCGAAAAAAAAGCCAGUGUAUUAAAUACAAAUAAUCUGAUUUCCAAGUGAAUACCCAUCCCAGGGUAAUUUUCUUGUUAUGAGAAACAGAGCAUUUCUUUUGUUUUAACCCUUUACACCCUAACAUCAGAAUGCAUAUUCUCCAUACUGUUCUCUAUACAUUUCCUUUGGUGCUGAUGAGGAGAAUUUGUUUAACAAUCAAGAACUCCUGUAGUUGAUGAUCAUUUUCUCUAUUCUUGUGACCUAAAUGGUUUGAUUCAGGGGGAUAAUGUAAGGAGAAAUUGGAUGCUGGUCACUCUUAGGGGUCAAGGUUAAACACUAUCAUUAUAAGAAUCACAAAGAAAACAUCUAUUUGAUAUAUUUUUUUUUCAAAAGCCAAACUCAAGCUUGUUUAAGAGAAUUAAAAUAAAUUAUUUUAAAAUUAAGUUAUAGUUCACCAGUCCUACAAAAAACUACACAAAAUCAUCAGAGUCCAAGAAAACUGUCUUCAAAAUGUGCUUAAGCUGGUUAUGUGCAAUACUCUUUAAGUGAAACAUUUGUUUGCUUAUAAACAGAUUGAGUUUUACUUUGGAGAUUCUAACCUCCAAAAGGACCGUUUUAUGAAACAGGAGAUAAACAAACACCCAGAAGGAUGUGAGUAUUUUGUUUUAAGUUUAAAUUAAAAGAGUCAUGUUUUCUUAUAAUCACAGAUAACAUCUAAUCUCCAUCCUUUUGGUUUUCUCAAAAGUUGUUGAGGUUUAUUGUAGGAAAUGUCAAUGUUGUUGUUUGGCACCCUAAAGCAUUGUUAUAGUAAAGUGAGGUAAAUAGAGAAAAAUGUGUUUUGUCUUGUCACGAGCAUGGGACAAAUAAAAACUUCUGAGUCUCCAUGAGGAAUUGAACCUCAGACCUUCACAUUCUGCACUCUGAUGCUCUACCACUGAGCCACAGAGACUCUACGGUGGUUGAGGCUUAUUACCCUUCUCUAAGAACCUCUCGUGAUUAUUUCUUUCAGAUGUCAAUAUCUCAACCAUUGCCAGUUUCAACAGAAUGAAACAGAUUACAAAUGAUUUAAACCUUGUGGUUAAAGCAAUGAAAACAUCUUCAAUGCUUGAGGUUGGUUUUACAAACUGUUUUUUAAAAAUAUUGCAGGCUUGCACUGUUAAAAGUAUUUUUCAAUGUGAUUUGUGGCAGAUACAAAAUGAAUUGAGGUCAAACCAAAGGAAAAUACCUCUUGAAAGGGCUCUUGAUAUCAUUGGAAAAAAUUCUUGCUGAAAUUGAGGUUUUUUUCUGUUAUUUAUUUUUAAUGGAUUUUAGGUCAGUGGUGAUGACUCAAUGGUCAGGCGAAAGACUCCUGUUCCUGAACCACGGAAUGUAGAUGAAGAGACUAUUUAUGUUGUAAGUAUUUUAAUACUGGCUAAAAAACAAGAUCACAAAUGCCAUUAUUUUUUCAACUGGUACUAGAAAGGUGCAAUUUUACAUAAUGUACUCAAACAUGACUCAACAAAAUUACAAGUUGCAAUCAAAUUUAAGUCACUAAAACAAUCCUUACCUACUGAUUUAGAACCACUAGAUCUUGAUUUUAAAAUCUUGCAAUAUAUACCGCUUACUACCAGAGUUUGAGGUCUGUAGUAAAAGUUACAGCCAGAUUUAAUCUUUUAACUCCCAGAAGUGAUGAAACUGUAACUUCACCCUAUCAUAUCCAUUCAUUAUCCAGCAAACAGGUAACGAGAAUACUCAAACAUAUCAGGAAGAAGUUGUUGUCUUUCAAGAUCUAACACCAAAUUCUCAAAACUGAUUUAAAAAGAAAUGGGUAACAUCGGGGGAAGAAUUAACACUGGGAUCUUGGGAGUGAAAGGCGUGAGCAGGACACGAGUGGGCCAUAUAUUCAAUUAUAAAAUAAAGGUUUGGGCUGGAAAAAAUAAGGUUAGUAAGAUAUUUAUUUUAUCUUUGGGUUCAAUCAGAAGGGGAGGAUUUCCAUUCAAACAUAUUUUUUUAAUUUAGCAGGCUGUACAGUGAAAUAUGGCCUGCUAAAUUGACCAAUCAUUACACAUGUACUGACUAAGAAAUACAAUAAGACUGUAAACUCAGAAUGAGCUAAGAAAAAAUGCUUUUUUUUAAUUUGUAAACCAGGCAAAUUAACAUAUGAUUCUAGGCAAAAGCUGUUUAGAAAAUGAAGGCCUGUCCUAGGCAUCAUUAAUUCUCCUGCUACACUAGGAGAUGACAGGAAGGGCUGUUUUUCUGUGACUUUGUUGGCAUGAUCUUGUGGAAAAGGUUCCUGGGAACUCCACCUUUUAUUAUAAUUCUUUACACCCUAACAUCAGUAAGGAUAUUCUCCAUACUGUUCUCUAUACAUUUUCAAUGUUAUUGACAAGGAGAAUUUGUUUAACAACCAAGAGCUUCUUUAGUUGGUGAUCAUUUUAUUUGUUCUCAUAACCUAAAAUAUUUUAUUCUGGGGGUAAUAUAGGAAGGAGAAAUUAGAUGCUAGUCACUUUUAAGGGUAAAGGGUUAUUGCCCAUGAGUGAUUUAUGGUUUGUAAGAAAUGAUUUUAUUAAUAGCUUGAGAAAGAUGGUUACAUUUUGAGCUUGAUGAUGGAGAAGAGAAAGAUGUCUUUUUGUCCUGUUAUGAGCGCGGGACGAUGGAAAAAGUCUCAGUCCCCAGGAGGAUUCAAACCAAAGACCUUGGGAUCAUCAGAGUGCAGAAUCUGAAGAUCUAAAGUUUGAUUCCUUAACAUGACUUAGAAUUUUUUUCUCUGUUCCAAGCUCAUGAGAAGACAAAGAAACAUCUUUUUUCCAGUUAUCAGUUAUAAUGCUCUUUAUCAUUAUCUUAAUGUAGGAAAGACUUCCUCCAUAUGCUGAUCAUGACUGGGUCAAAGAAAUUUUCAGCAAGUAUGGAAAAGUAGUUUACAUCAGGUAGGUGCUGAGAUCUUAUUAGAAAUUCUCAUUACUGUCAGCCAUACAAUGCUUAUGAUGCUAGUGGGGAGAAUUUGACCUCUGAUCAACUUAUGAUCCCUAAUUGGUAUUUUUCUUUUUUGUCUUUUGUUGCUUGAUGUUGUAAUGAUUUUGUAAGGGGGAAUUCUGUCUUACUAAUGGAAAUUAAAGGAUUAACGACAGUUGAGUUGGCCAAACUUGUUUAAAAGCCUGGCUUGUGGUCUGGAUUGCUUAUCAGGUAGAAAUUGUUAUCUUGACCUAUAACCAAAUUCUUUUAACUAAUUUGUAAGGAAAUGUGUAGCAGCUGGAGGGGAAAAUUAACUAUUAUGUCAGGAGUCAUGAUAAUUUUGCUAUUUGAUCAACUACUUACCCCCUAAUUGAUAUUUUUCUUUAUUCUUGUCAGUUGUCUGCUUGAUAUUGUAAUAAUAUUCUGAGUAGAAAUUCUGUCUCAGUCACUCAUGGAGGGUAAAGUGUUAAUUUCUUUUCUGCCAAUGAUCUUUUAGCAUCCCAAGAUUCAAACACACUGGAGAUAUUAAAGGAUUUGCCUUUGUAGAAUUUGAAUCUGCUAAGGUGGCUCAAGAAGCAGUUGAGGUACUUGUUUUUUUUUCUACAAUAAUUGAACAUGAUUUAUUUCAUUCAGUCGCGUUUUCCCGCGCUUUCUGGUAGUAUACUUUUGAAUCCUCAUUGUUUCCUUGUCUGAUUGGCUGUUAUGAUACGUUUUCUUUCGAUGUUAAAAGCGCAUGAAAACAGGUUUCCUGUAUUUAAGUCUUAAGAUUAGCUAAAACUGGAAUUUAUGGUCACCUGUUGGGAUAAAUGGUUUUUAGAUAAGAAGAUUUUAAGUUUGGAAUAAUAUUUUGCAGGUUUUUAACAAAGAAGGAAGAAUCAAACAAAGUAGUGAACCAGAAAAGAGUGAAAAUGGUGUCAAUGCUGAACAGUCGAAUGAACAACAAAAGGUGACGAAACCAAAACGAAAACGCUCUCAUAGCGAGUCAGAAGUGGACGGACAAAAAACCAGCCGUGAAAGGAAGAGGAAGAGAACUACAAGUGAAUCUUCGGUAGAUUCUGAGGCCAACGAGCCGCUGAUAGAUGUGAGGCCGAGUGAUGGAGGCAAGCGAAAAGGUAAAGAAUGUAAGACGACUGAACAAGAUGGCAGUAAAGGGACAGAAAAUGGAGAGAAGGGAGGGAAAGACGCGGACGGAAAGGACAAAAAGGGAAAGAAGUUUGUUCGGUGGCAAGAAGGUGAUGAACAACGGAGCAGCAAUAAAACUGAGAGCGGAGAAAAAUCUCGUAAAAGAUCCCAUGAUGAUUCUACAAGCGGCGAAGAGAGCGUGGAGCAGAAACGACAGAAGAUGAAUGACAAGUCGGAUAUGACCUCGAAAAAGGCUUCUGAGGAGAGUGGCGAAGAUGAAACUGUUGAAGGAGACAAGAAACACAAGAAAAGGAAGAGGAAAAAGAAGGAGAAGAAAGAAAAUAAAUUACCACACUUAAGAGUAAUCUCUAAGUAAGUUAGUUUACAUUCUGUUCUGUUCAUAACAAAUUCUCUUUAGUUUUUUUCGCCUGAUUUCACGUGAUAUAUUUGGGAGAGUUGAAUGUUGACCACGACAUUUUUUAUGCUGUUCUAAUCAACCUUUUUCCUUUUACAAAGAAAAAUCAAGGGAAUGAUUAAUCAUUCCGAAUUAAGUGAAUUCGCGAAGUUUUUUGGGAAUAAUUUAUGAGGAUUUAGAACAGAGUUCCAUGACAUUUGGCAUAUUUACCUGAUUCGAAAAAGUUCGAAGGCAAAACUCUCUAAUGACUGAAAUUGUUAAUUUUUGCUGAAUGCUGAGUGGCACUGAGUGGAAUUAAGAGUUCCUUAUUUUUUUGUUUGUUCUGAAGGUUAGAAUGGCUCGAGCUGAAAAAGGAGUAUAAAACCCUGCAACGCGAAGCCAUGAAGAACUUGAAAAAACAACUGCAAGAAAAAAUUCCCGUCAACUCCAGUCAAGCUGGAAACAAACCUCUAAAGUCAACACAAAACAGAGCUGAUGCGUCAUAUAAGGAGACCGAAGAAAAGUCCUCACAAGAUGGUGGCGCAACUGUAAAGACGCUAUCGUACACUCCAGGAGUUUUGUUAAAGUUCCAUUGUCAAGGUCGUGGAAUGACCAAAAAAGAGUUGAGGGUGAGAGGAAAUAAGAUUGCCUAGCGGAACGCAGCGGUCAAACUUCUGUGCAUGUGCGACAUUGUAAUGACUAGGUGGCGUGCUUUCAGGCUUCCAGAGCCAAGUUGUUUCACACGAGUUUCAAACAGCUGCAUAAGCUAGUAAGUCACGGUGUUCUAAAAGUGUGUUACUUUUUUGAUAAAGCUCAAAACACGAUGGGGGGUUUUGCUUGAAAGCAGUUGUUUCUUAUGCUUCCCAUUGAAAGUUUGCGCGCGAAAUCAGCGUGCGGCCGGUAAAAGUUUAUCUCCUUGCACAUGCCUCUCUCGUUUGACCGCUGUGUUCAUUUAAUCAGACCUGGAUAACUUGAUACAGUACCUGUGCGGACAUCGCAGAUGUCGCUGGUUCAAAUAUAAGCGGAGCACUUUGUUAUAAAUAUUUAGGGCGAAAAAUGCAUGUUGUUUUUCUUUUUUGUACUCGCUUCUCUUAAACACACAAGGUCAUGGAUAAAUUAUGAGCGUUUCCUUUCUCCAAUUUGUAAUCGUAGGAGAAAAUUUCAUGGUCUGCUCCCGUGGCGUAUUUAGAUCUAGAAGAAGGCAGUGUUGAGGUAAGGUAAAUCUUUCCUAAAUAACCGUCACAUGAUUAUAUUGACAUGGUUUACACAAUUCCCUCUAACAUCAUCACUUUUUGACAUUUCUUUUUUAUUUCCUUGGUUUGCUGCUGGGCCGAGCAUUCAUGCAGUAUGUAAGAGGGAAGGCGCAAAAUUUCAAAUUACGUCAUGCCAUGUACAAUAGCGCGACUGCUCUUCCAGUUAGGUUCUUUAAGUAACCGCUGUUUGGGAAAUGAGCCCGCGCUCCCUCCCACCCCAGCAUAUUUCUAGCCGAGAAUCUGUUUAAUGUAAGAUCAUUAUUGAAACACAUUUUUUUUAAUUUUCGUAGGGUUAUGUUCGUUUUCAUACGGCAGAAAAUUGUAACUUGGUGCUGAAAAAAAUGUCAUCUGCAAACGAUGAACUGCAGCUCAACAAACUGACGGGUAAUUUUAAUUAGCUUCCUAGAGGUCUGGAGAAAUAAAACCUUAAAGUUUCGAUGGAAAGUUGGGGAAAAUGAAAAUUUGAAAGCACCCGCGUGUGUUCUCGCACGCGCGCGUUAGUCCUGCUUUCGCCGCACGCCUACCACGCAAGUUACACUACAGUAUGAAAGGCCUGGAAAGUUUUUUUCGGAAAAUUGAACGAAAAAGAUUAUUUGGUGGUAGAAUGGACGGCUGUAAGGUGAUACCAGACGCUACUAGUACAUGUUCAAUUAACAAUUCUGAUUAAUUAUGGGAGAGAAACUUUAUCGCAAUUGAGAAAAGUCAAGGAACUUCGAAAACCGAAGUACGUGGUAACAAGAUGAUUGCAUGAUGACAAAUUGAAGAGGAAAAGGGAGUACCUCACCUUUUAGAAUUCUCUCAGUAACUGCAAGGAGACUUUGAAAUGUUUCCAUCUCGUAUUAACGCUCUUUAAAAGCGAUUUUAGCUUUUUUAUUUUACCUUUUAUCUUUGAAUUUGCAGAGGAGGAAGAAAUAUCAUAUUGGGAAAAGAUAAAUGCUGAUCGUAUGAGUAGAUAUAAUGCUAAGAGGGAGAAAAAAAGAGGAACCGAAAAGGUAGGAAUUCUUGAUUUAACAGAUUCUAUCAUGAUUUAGAACGUUCGUAAUUCUUUCUUUGCCCUCUCUGUGGGAUUUCCAAAUUCUAACGCAAGGACUGUUUUAAAUUUAGUGCAAGUACUUAGGGGCGUUAAAAAAACAUGCUACGUGAAGCGUCAUUUUGCUUUCUGUAGAGCAGCCUCUUGCAGAGGAAGAUUAUGACAAUGUUAACAUCAUAAGAUCAUUAGAGGUUAAGUAUAGUUUAACCAGCCUUCUUUGUGCAACUAACUUGAAAACGGAAAACAAACUUAAUGAACUUUUUUGAGUUAUUGAACGGGUUCUUUCAUUUUGCCUGUAAAACGAAGUUUAUGUAAAAUAUCUUAUAUGUAGCUUUCGGAUGACCUUAUGGGUCUUGUUUCGCGGAAACCAUAGCCAUUUUGCCCUGAGUUGUAGGAAGAACCUCAUCCUGUGCGCUUUUUAAAUCUUCUAGUGUAGCAUUGUUUUCUGAAAUUGCUGUUUUGCGUGAAGCGGAAACAUGCAUCGCUUGGUCGUAGAAACGUGAACUUUUUUCACCCUUUAAAUCCCAUGAGUGACCAAGAAAGAAUUUCUCCUUACAAUAUCAAUACAAUACCAAGCAGACAAGGGAUGGAAUGACGAAAAAUAUCAAUUAUGGAAUCAUUAGUUGAUCCAAUACUAAAUUCUUUAAAUCAACGUAAUGUGAAUUGUAUGGCAGACAGUAGGGAGAAUUACCAAUGAGAUCUGGAGAGUGCCAGGGUUAAUAACUUAGAAGUAAAGUUUGAAGCUUUUAGGGUUGUUUUAUAAAAACAGCGUGACUCUUAAGACUCGUCACUUUUGCUUGCCGCUCGGCUAAAAAAAAGGUAGCAAGAGAAUUUGAAACGUAGACUCAACUGAAGUUAAUGGUUUUCUGUGGUUUUAUAAACUCAUGAAUUUUCGUAACUUACGCAGUUGUUUAGACAGGAUUCAUUUUAGUUGCCAGUGUUUCUGUCGUUUAUUUGGUGGAUUAAUCUUGUUUGGUCUCGCCUUUUGGUCAGUGCUGAAACCCAAACAGGGUUACAAAACUGUGUAAUAACAACAAAUUCAACGAAGCGUGCUUUUGAUUUGGCGGUAAUUGUUGGAUCACGCAGCCGGCAGCGCUUUGAGUUGGAAUACAAAGCCAGCCAAUCAAAACUAACCGCUGUGAGAAGCUCAUUUAAUUCCAAGUGACGUCAAGUUAAGUCAAAGAUACAUUACUAGCACUACGGCACUCUUUGCAUAUGAACAGACUCAACAUGGAAGAGGGCAACCAGAAUUUAUUCUCACCAGUGUCAAACGAAGCAGAGUCGUAACGCAGUGGAAAAAGUUAAUCCAAACCCAUUUUGUUAACGAGAUAUAUUUUCUACUAACACACAGACAUAAUGUUUUUCUAGAAUAACCCUCCGACUGACUGGGGUCACUUGUCAUUGUGCUAUUUAGCUUUAUUUACAGGCCAAGUACACGAAACAUUUCGACGAAACAUUCCAACGCAGCUUCGCGCAGCGUUUCAGGAAUCUGUUGUGUAAGGACAAAAUAUUGUGCAACUCUAGGAAAGGAACGAUUCGAAGAAACAUUCGUCAGGAUGCUACCAGAUACAUUUUUGCUAGAAUGAGCGCAGCUCACUACAAUAUUGUAUAAUCUUAACUUUCACUUGGUCAGUCGAGCGCUAACUUAGUUGCGGUUGCCGUAGGGACCCCGACAAACCCACGCAUUCCUUCCUAAUGGUUAAAAAAAAUAAAAAACAAUGCUGAUUUGUGAUGCGUUACACUGUAACUGUGCAUACGACAGCUGUGUUGAUUGAUUAUCAAAACUCGCUGGCUAUUCUGAGGCUUUCGAAAAAUGUGUAACCACCAUUAUUAAUGAUGUAGCGGAUUGUCCCUCUUUAGUGCUAUGAGUGGUCUUUUUCAGUGGUAUUGGAGCAGUGGUAUUUGAAGUUUAUCUUCAUCUACGAACAUGCUGGCAGCGAGGUCCCAGUCUUGUAAUUACAAUUUUAACGUCAUGGAACCUCUUCUCGCUUGCAAUUCAACGCUCUGUUACUUACAACGGGGAGUACAACGAGGUAAUUUCUAUGAAUAAUUGAAUGGAAUUGCUAAAAGAUUUGACGAUAAAGAAAACUUUGAGCAUACUCAGAGAAGUGACAGGCAAAAUUUGGAUUUUAAUCGGCAGUACUCUAUUUACAAUCUUCCUCCUAAUCGAAAUUGAUAAAUCGGCGUCUGACAUCCACUGUGAUGCAGAAUUCAACGACAAGGAUGAGAAUCUCAUCAACAAGAAGUGUUAUCUUGAAUACCAGAACAAAUACAGCAAACUCCCCGUGUAUGGCUUCGUCCUCAUUAAUUUCUUCACUAUCGCAAUCGUCCCUAUUAUUUUCUCAAUUCUCCUCAAAUUGAGGGUCAACAAGCUCGAAACCUCUAACCAAAAUCUCGAGAGACAGCUUCAGCAAAAUAAAAGUAAAGUUUUAUUUUACACGUACUGUGGUCAGCUAGCCUCCACAAUUCUUCUGACGACUGGUUUUAUCAUCGUAUUGCAUACUAGCGUUUUUCGUGCGAGUACCCAUUUUCCGUCGAAUUUUAAAUGUAUUCUUUUGAAUCAAGGUUCCAAUUCCUCAGCGAUUUCAUCCACAUACGGCUCACUGACAAAAACUGAUAUUUAUACGUGUCAUAAUACACGAGCAACUGAGAAAUUCGGUGGGAGUGUUGCCUUGACUGUUUUCAAUGGAAUCUGGGCCAUUUUCGCAUUAAUUGAACUUGUCUGGAUCUUUUCACGGGCAAGGAAUGGUCCGCAGUUCAUGUGUGACCCUCAAUUUUAUGCUGAUCAUUUGAGAUCCAACCGAGAGCAAGAGCAGCGGCAAGAACAGCGGCAAGAACAGCGGCAAGAACAGCGGCAAGAACAGCGGCAAGAACAGAGUGAAGAAGCAGGACUUCUUUCCGGUCUUCGAUCUGAACAACAAGCGGAACUGCAAGCGAAAUUGGAACGUUUAAAGGUCUGUAUACAAAUACGCACGGAGCGACUUGAAGAUCUGAAUCAACCUAUUCGACCUCGACUAGGAGAAGGCUCAAAACCUAAAGAUCUAGAGCUCGAUCAAAUUUUUGUUAAGUUGGUAAUCCAUGAUGGUAUAGCGAACUAUGACUUUCCUGAAGAUAGACAGAAACAACUCAGAGUAUUCCCGAAACCGAAAUCGAAUCAGUCUGAAUAUGUACAUUGGCAAGAUAUUAUUGGUGGUUCUAACAAGCGUAUUCUUCUGAUUGGUCGUCCAGGCAUUGGUAAAACAAUCUUAUCCACUAAGCUGCUUCGAGGGUCUGCAUUCAAUAAGUUCACGCACCAGAAUUUUGAUGCUGCAUUCCUUGUGAAAUUUAGGCACUAUAACUCUAGAGGAGAGGACCUUGAUCUUCGUAAAUUGCUGUCUUGCUCAGAAACAGUAAGCCAAGAUCUGGAUGAUGAGGUCUGGAACUACAUUAUCACUAACCCAACCAAAGUUCUGUUAAUUUUUGAUGGAAUUGACGAGUUUAAUGCCAGGUCAGCGAUCUCCAAUGAUGACUCGCGUUUCAAGGACUCAAAGGAAGAGAAAAUGCCUCUCCAUUGUCUCUACAAAAAAAUAGCCUCUGGAAAACUUCUUAAGGGUGCCACUGUUAUUACCACAUCGCGACCAACUGCUUCCUCAUGUGUUAGACAGCUGAGAUUUGACAAAGUAUUGGAAAUUCUUGGCUUUACAUCUGAAGAAAUUGAAGACUAUGUGACGAGGUUUACCAAAGAAGACCAGAAUCCCGAAACCGAAAAGAAAGCAAUAUGGCAACACAUCAGCACCAACUUCAUUCUCUUUACUUUGUGCUAUGUUCCGGUGAACUGUUUUAUCAUUUGUUCCUGCUUGUCAUGGUGGCGUUCCCGUAGCAAAAGUUUACCUACAAAGCUUACUAAGAUAUACAGUACAGCGCUUAAGAUUUUCUACUUCAGACAUAAUGAUAAAUAUCGCAAGAGUGAAGAAGCCCAUGAUCAGCUUUUUUUAAAACCAUUUCACGAGUUACCCACUGAAUGUAAAGAGCAAUUUCAAAGACUAGGAAAAAUUGCUUUUGAUGGAAUUAAAGAAGGGAGACUACUUUUUACUUCAGAAGAAGUUAAAGGACUAGAGGAUUGUGGAUUGCUCCAUCGUUUACCUGACCUGCCUAGCCAGGAGGGACUUGAUGAGGACAAAGCUCAAUACUGCUUCAUUCACCUUACAUUUCAGGAAUUCCUUGCUGCUAGGCAUGUGGUUGAUACCAUGACAGAAGCCCAAGCAUUGGAACAAUUUAUCACUGAUCACAUCAAUGAAGGUUCAUGGCAAUUAGUGGUACAAUUUGUGGCUGGAUUAUUAGUUGACACUGAUGAAGUUAAACAACUGCAAUUUAGCGAAAUUUUAAUGAAGCUUCUUCCCAUGUCAACUUCUGAAGUAGGAAAUCUACUGGGACAGGAAGAUGCAGAGUGCAUGAUGACUGAAAAACCAACUGCAUUAAUUUGUUGGCCGCAUGAUAAAAGUGAAACAAAUUUAGCUGUGACCAUAUGUAGAUGUUUAUACGAGCUAGACAUAAAGCAGGAAUCUUCCAUAACAAGUAAAAUGGAAGAAAUGUCUUUUGAUGUGGUGUGGUUUAAUGAAUGCAAACUAGCACCUGCCGACUGUACAGCAAUUUUACAUUUGCUUAAAAAUCGUGAUGAAAAAUUCAAGCUGCGUUUGGGAUUUAACUUCAUUGGUGAUUUAGGUUGCAUGGAAAUUAAAAAAUGGAUUGUUAAAAGUAAUUGUGUGGAGUUGGACUUGACUCUGAACAAUAUAGGAGAAAAAGGAGUAGAAUACUUAUGUGAUACACUGAAACUUGAAAAUUGUAAUCUCACUGUGCUAGUCCUGGAUGGUAAUCACAUCGGAGACAAAGCAGCAGAACUCCUGAGUACUGCAAUUAAAGAUGGAAAUUGUAAACUAACUAGGCUCAACCUGAAGAGAACCAAAAUUGGAGUCAAAGGAGUAGAACACCUGAAAGAUGCACUAAAAUGUGUAAAUAAUAAUCUCACCGAGUUAAACUUGGCUUAUAAUGGCAUAGGAGACGAAGGAGCAAAAUACUUAAGUGAUUCACUGAAAUGUGAAAAUUGUAAACUCACUGUGCUAAACCUAAGAGAGAAUUAUUUAGGAGACAAAGGAGCAGAACACCUUAGUAAUGCACUAAAAGAUGUAAAGUGCAAACUCUCUGCACUGAACUUGGAAAAAAACAUUAUAGGAGCAAAAGGAGCAGAAGUCCUGAGUGAUGCACUGAAAGACAAAAAUUAUUACCUCACCAUGCUAGACCUGGGAGGUAAUAAUGUAGGAGACAAAGGAGCAGAACUCCUGAGAGAUUCACUAAAAGGUGCAAAAUGUGAACUCACUGUGUUAUACCUGGAUUUUAACAAGAUAGGGGACAUUGGAGCUAAACACCUGAGUGAUGCAAUUAAAGAUGGAAAUUGUAAUCUAACUAGGCUGCACCUGAGCCGAAACAACAUAGGAGAAAAAGGAGUAGAAUACCUGAGUAAUGCACUGAAAUGUGAAAAUUGUAAACUCACUGUGCUAAGCCUGUCAUGGAGUAGUGUUGGAGACCAAGGAGCAGAAUACCUGAGUGUUGCACUGAAAGAUGGAAAUUGUAAACUUACUGUGCUAAACCUGGAAUUUAAUGCUAUAGGAGACCAAGGAGCUAAACACCUUAGAGAUGCACUAAAA